UAUCUUUUUUUCCCUCAUUAUAUGUCAAAGAAUGGUGAAAUAAAAUAGAUGACAUGGUAACCAAGAAACUGAGACAGGAAAUAACACAGGAUAUUAUAGACCAGUAAAUGGUAGAGCCUGCAUUUGAACCCAGGUUGUCUGGCUCCUGAGUCUCUGAUAGCAUCCUCCUAUUUUCAUAGUCAAGGAAACAGGCUUAGAGAGGUAAAACAUCUGACUGAGAUUUUCUCAGUCAGAAGAACUGGCUUGGCUUCAGACUUAAUGUCUGUCACUCCCAGGCUCAGAGUAUUUCCAGAAGAUUCCCUUACCUCAAACUCAGAGCAGUGGUGUCUCCUACAGAAGCCUCUUCAGACUCCCACCCCUGGCUCCAGUAGUAUCUGGGAAGGCCAGUCAGAUGAUACUAAUCAUGGAUCUGUGUAUCUUCAGGUUGCCUGGGUAACCUGCAGACCUUUGGAUCCUGUCACUUUACUGGAUAGUAGGGUUCUAUAGCUUCUCAGAACCAUAAGACCUUUGUCACAUCUAUAGAAGGCCCUGCCAGGGGCUGAAGAUGAAAGAAACUAGUGAGAGAUGGAACUCUGAGGGUUUAACAGGCCAGGUAAAAGACUCCCUGUGGUCUAGAAGAAGGAAACUUGGGACAAGAAUCCUUUUAUGAAAAAUCCUGGGUGAAGUUCACCCAGGUCCCAGUCUCCUUCCAGAGCAAAGACUGCCAGGUAAGAAGAAGCAGCAGCAUCCUUGAGCCAGAAGCUGAGCAACACCCAGCUUGAGGAUGUCACUCCUUCCAGGGAUUCUCCGUGAUUCUCCAUGAUGGGAGAAGAGUUGGGCCCAAGAUCAAGGGCGACAGUAAAGGAGAGGCAAAGGAGAACACAGUCUCAUUGUAGAUGUGGAUCCAACCCAGGAUCACAUGGUGCUUCUUGCUGAGACAUCCCAUUAGUCUUUAAUCAGGAGUGGUUCCUCAUCUUUGUCUUUCAUGAAGUUGCCAGUUUUGAAGAUCCAGUUAUUUCAUAGAGACAGGGUCUUGCUUUGUUGCCCAGGCUGACCUCAUAUUCCUGGGCUCAAGUGAUCCUCUUACCUCUGCCUCCCAAGUAACUGGAGCUACAGGUCUCAACUGUUUCCAAGAAGAGGAGAAAAUGAUCGAGUACCAGCUUCCAGAGAUACCUGUGUCAUUCAAAGAUGUGGUUGUGGGCUUCACCCAAGAAGAGUGGCACCAGCUGAAUCCUGCUCAGAGGGCCCUGUACCGGGAUGUGAUGUUGGAGACCUACAGCAAUCUGGUCUCAGUGGGUUAUGAAGGCAGCAAACCAGAUGUGAUCCUCAGGCUGGAACAGGAAGAAGCACCAUGGAUUUGUGAAGCACCAUGCCCAGCCUGCCGGUGUCGGGAAGAUAUCUGGCAAGUUGAUGUCCAGAGGAAGAGACAGCAAGACACAUUUUUGAGGCAAGGUGCAUUCAUCAGCAAGAGAGCAUUGCCCCAGGGAAAAAUCCAUGCAUGUGAUAAGUUUGGGAAAAUAUCACUUUUGAGCACUGAUCUUCUUCCUUCAAUUCAAAGGCCCAAUAAUUGGGAUCCUUGUGGAAAGAGUUUGAAUGAUAAUUUAAACUUGAUUGGUUUGAAGACAAACUAUGCAAAAAAACAAGAUGAGUGUAAUGGAUAUGGGAAAUUGUUGCAGUGCAGCAACCAUGAUAAAAGAUCUACUGGACAAAAACCCUGGGGAUGCAGUCACUGUGAGAAAGCUUUCAGCCACAACCCAGCACUUAUAUAUAAACCAGCAGUGACCAGUUCUCUUGUGUACAAACGAAAGAGGAUUCCACCUGCAGAAAAACCCCAUGUCUGUAGCGAGUGUGGGAAAGCCUUCUGCUACAAGUCUGAAUUCAUUAGGCAUCAGAGAAGUCACACAGGGGAGAAGCCUUAUGGAUGCACUGACUGUGGGAAGGCCUUUUCACAUAAGUCAACCCUAAUUAAACACCAGAGAAUUCACACUGGGGUAAGACCCUUUGAAUGCUUUUUUUGUGGGAAAGCCUUUACCCAGAAGUCACACCGCACAGAACAUCAGAGAACACAUACAGGAGAGAGACCUUUUGUGUGCAGUGAAUGUGGGAAGUCAUUUGGUGAGAAGUCAUACCUCAAUGUACAUCGAAAAAUGCACACAGGAGAAAGACCCUAUCGUUGCAGAGAAUGUGGAAAAUGCUUCAGCCAGAAGUCAUGCCUCAAUAAACACUGGAGAACUCAUACAGGAGAAAAACCCUAUGGGUGCAAUGAAUGUGGCAAAGCUUUCUACCAGAAGCCAAACCUAAGCAGACAUCAGAAAAUUCAUGCUAGAAAGAAUGCCUACAGGAAUGAAAACUUAAUGAUUGUGGGAAAACCUUGACCAUGAUACCCAGUUUCAUGAGGUAUAGGAAUUUAUCCUUAGGAGAAAUCUUAACUUAAUGAAUUUAGUCAAAAUAUUCUAUUUAAAGGAAAUUCAUACUGCAAAUAUGAUGAAACUUUGAUGGAAAGAUUAUGGAAAAUACUUUAUAAAAUACUGUAUAAACAUUUUUAUUGAGAUAAAAUUUUAAAUGUAUUAAAUAGAAUAACAACAGAUUACAAAAUAUAUAAGAAAAGACAGAAGUAUAUGAUGAUACUUUCCUCAUUGUAACACAUAAUAAUUAUUUAUAUUUUGGAAUUGUUAAUGUGAAUCACAUAAAUUGUGAAUAUCAAAUCCAUAUAUCACAUAGUACACAGAAUGUCAUCCUCUCCAGUUUUUCUACCAUUUUCACCAUUAUCACCAUUUUCUUCUGGUGUCUUAACUGUAUAAAAAACAGUAACAACACAAUGGCCAGCUACUUUAAGAACUUCAGCAUAAUAUACCAGCUACAUUUUCUCUACCUUGUUUGUAAUAAAUGUAAAUGGGUUUAGCAGUUGUUACUAAGCCCUUCUCUGAAUAAGAAAGCAAUGUUUUUAAUGUCAUUUGGUGUGUCAGUCAAAAGUUUAUUAAAAAGUUAUUUUGUUGGAAACACAUUAAAGCUAAGGAGUAAUCUAACCACCUGACAUUGGGUAAACAAAACACUAGCAACUUGAUAACUCAGCACGCUAUUUAACAAAGCAUAGUGUUUCCCUGGUAUAGUGUACAUUGUUCAUAUUUUCCUAUUCUUGCUUAAACUAUCUUGCAGCAAAUUAGAUGUGAUAUUCUUUAUAUGGGUCUUAUAAUUCAGAAAUGUUUCAUGCAGAAAUCAGUGAAGUAGAACUUCUCUGCUGUCUUUAAUUUUCCUUUUGAAAAUUAAUGCAGCAACAUUGACUUUUCCCUAUAACUUCUUGUAAUUAUCCUGGACACUAUAUUCCAAGUUUUCCAUCAUUCCAAUGUUUGAAAAAACUUCUGUUUCCUUGAGCUGGCAUGUUGUCUAUAUAAGAAAAUAAAUGAAAUUGAAAUCUAUAUUCUUCAAGAUUUGCUUCCUUGACCCAGAAAGAGAAAGGAAAUGAAAUGUAACCAUGACUAAAAGAAUGAUAAAGGGCCGGGGAUUUAGCUCAGUAGUUUCGCCGCCUGCUGCACAAGUGCAAGGACCGGAGUUCGAGUUCGAUCCCUGGUACCAAAAAAAAAAAGAAUGAUAAAAAACAUGAUUAAAAGAAUGAUAAAAAUACAGCAUGUACAACUCUAGAUCAGUAUAUUUUAAAAACAGGAAAUGGAUGCUUUUUAAAAAGCAGACUAACAUGAAAAUUACAGUAAUUUUUUUUACUGUACCACUGAACAAGUACUAUUGAAAACAAGUACCACUGAAGCAUUUGGAAAAGUGAUUUAGGAUCUAUAUUGAAAAAUACUCCUGUCUUAGACAAAUUCAUGAUUAAUUCUAUAUAUCUUUUAAAGUAAUACCAAAGUAAUUGAUAUUUUAAUCUAUGGACUUAACUAUUCAUUUUACUUUAUGAAGUCAGAAUAAAGUUGGAAAAAAUUAAAGAUCAGUCUUACGAAUAUAAAAUAAUUAAAAUUAUGACAAAUAGAAUUCACCUGUAUACCUAAAGAAUGACCAACUAUGACUGUGAUGACCAAAUAAGAGUUAUCCAAAAAAUGCAGAACCAAUUCAGUAUUAGGAAAUAUAUCAAUAAAAUUAACAGCUUAAAGGAGAAAAAUCAUGAUCCAUCAAGAGGCACUGACAAGGGAUUUAGUAGAAUUUGCAAAUAUUUCUAAUGAUGUACUAUAAGUUAUAAUCAGUGGUAACCACUUAAAGGGUUUCUUUAGCAAAACCCCAUACUAUAUAUUAUACUCAAGCCAUUUUAAAAAAUCAGGAAUUGAAUAUUAUCUUAGAAACAAGGAAGUAUAAAAUAAUCGAUAUAAGCAAUGAAAAAGAAAAGGAAAACUAUCCCUUUUUGCAGAAGAUAUGGUUAGGUAAUAAAUGAAGAUACUAAUUUAUUUUAAGGUAAUUUUCUAAGAAGGCAACAUAUAGAAAUCAAGAACUGUUGUCUGUACUGACAAUAAACAUCUAAUAAUUUAUGUACUUCUUUUGGAAAUUGCACUAAUCCUUAAUGAUUUUUUUCUUUUUAGCUUUUGUGAAAUCAUCAUAAAUUUAAUAUGAAAAAUGCUUGAGAAUUUAGACAAGUAUGAAAAAGAAAAUGUCAUACCAGGGCCAGGGAUUUAGCUCAGUGGUUACACUGCCUGUCUUGAAAGCGCAAGGACCUGAGUUCAAUCCCCAGUACCAAAAAAAAAAAAGUCAUACGAGAUAUCAGAAUAUAACAUGAAAGAAAGAAUUAUAAUGAAAUUAUUAUAAUAUUAGCAAAGGAACAGAUUAAUACAUCAAUAGAAUAGAAAACUUAAAAUAGACCUUUGUGUAUAGAAAAGGUACAGUCUCGAAUCACAAGGGAAAAGAGUACUUUAUUUAAAAAGAAUUCUGGCCUGAUUCGCUUUAAAUUUGGAAAAAAAGAUGAACGCACUGAACAAAAAUAUCCAAAAACAAAGUCCAGGAGGAUUUAAGACUUCAGUUUUUAAAAAUAAAGCUCUUUUUUAAAAAAAGUCAAAGACUACACAAACUAGAAUUGAGAGAAAUUAGAUUUACCAAUACAGGAUAUUCAAAAGCUAUUAAAAAUAAGUAUUUGACUACAUAAAUAGUACUCUUUUGGAUGGCAAAGGAUGUUAUAAAAAAUAAGAGAUAAUUGGGGAAAAUAUUUGUGGAACUGAUUAUAGAGGAAACAUGCCUCAAAUUGACAGGAAAAACAUACCCAAAGAGCAAAACAUGGCAAAAAAAUAAAUGCAGAGUUGUAAGAAGAGCAAAUCUUAAGUGGCUGAUCUAUCAAAAAAUGUUUAGCUUCAAUAAUUGUUGGGGAAUGUAGAUUAAAUUUAUAAUGAGAUAACACUAUGCAAAGAGUGCUUUUUGCUGUCAGAACAAGAUUGCUCUUAAUGCUUGUUGGAAACACAUUUUGAAAAGCAAUUCAAAUUGCUGUUUUGACAAGUAACCUGGAAACAUCCAUUAAAACUUAAAAUACUUAUUUUACUUUGGAGAAUCUUCCUCUUGGAAGAUAUAGCCUCGGUACACAAAGGACAGGUGAACAUAUUUAUUGUAACUUGGUUUCUAAUGGCAAAAACAAAACCAAGAACAACAACAAGGGAAACUCACUCGAAUAAAAGUAAUGCCUAUCAGUAGGGAAAUUGAGAGAAGAAAAUGUCUACAUUAUAUCUGUUCCAUAGAAUGUUUAUACAAGGUGGAAAAUUAAAACUAUGCUACUGGAAUUAAGUGAAAUUCACAAUGCUUUCUUCGGU